AUGCUGGUGCUGCGGCCGCCCGAGGCGGGCCCCGGCGCGCUGCUGGCCCAGCCCGAGGCGGCGCAGGCGGCCGCCGGCCCCGCCGACCAGGAGGCCGGCCCGGCGGCGCGCCUUCGAGGGCGCCGCCGCAGCUCAGCCUACAAGAUCAGCCGCCGCAGCGCGGGCGCGAUGGGGGUGCUUGCCCGCCCCCCCGGCGCCGCCGGGGCCGGCCGGGAGCCGGCGCGCGAGGAGAGCGAGGAGGCCGAGACGCGCGCCGUGGCCACCUCCCCCGACGGCCGCUUCCUCAAGUUCGACAUCGAGAUCGGGCGCGGCUCCUUCAAGACCGUCUACAAGGGGCUGGACACCGAGACCACCGUCGAGGUGGCCUGGUGCGAGCUGCAGACACGGAAGUUGUCCAAGGCGGAGCGGCAGCGCUUCAGCGAGGAGGUGGAGAUGCUGAAAGGGCUCCAGCACCCGAACAUCGUCCGCUUCUACGACUCCUGGAAGUCCUCUGUCAAGGGGCAGGUCUGCAUUGUGCUGGUCACGGAGCUCAUGACGUCUGGCACUCUCAAAACGUACUUGAAACGCUUCAAGGAGAUGAAGUUGAAGGUCCUUCAGCGUUGGAGCAGGCAGAUCGUGCGGGGAUUGCAUUUCCUGCACACACGCUCCCCUCCGAUCAUUCACCGUGACCUGAAAUGCGACAACGUCUUCAUCACAGGGCCUACUGGCUCCGUAAAAAUUGGGGACCUUGGCUUGGCCACACUCAAGCGUGCAUCUUUUGCCAAGAGUGUUAUAGGGACCCCAGAAUUCAUGGCUCCAGAGAUGUACGAGGAGAAGUAUGACGAAGCGGUGGAUGUCUAUGCCUUUGGCAUGUGCAUGCUAGAGAUGGCGACAUCCGAGUAUCCUUACUCAGAAUGCCAGAAUGCAGCUCAGAUCUAUCGCAAAGUCACCUCGGGCAUGAAGCCCAACAGUUUCUACAAGGUGAAGGUGCCCGAGCUGAAGGAGAUCAUCGAGGGCUGCAUCCGGAUGAACAAGAAAGAGAGAUACACCAUCCAGGAUCUUUUAGACCACUCCUUCUUCCAGGAGGACACAGGGGUCCAUGUGGAACUGGCUGAAGAGGAUGAUGGGCUGAAGUCGAACUUGAAGCUUUGGCUGCGGAUGGAUGACUCCAAAAAUCUGCAUGGGAAGUAUAAGGACAACAAUGCCCUGGAGUUCCAUUUCGAGCUUUAUAAGGAUGUGGCUGAGGAAGUUGCCCAGGAAAUGGUGACGCUGGGCUUUGUAUGUGAGGCAGACUACAAACUGGUGGCCCGAGCGGUGCGCGAGAGAGUCCUCGCCAUCAAGCGCCAGCGCGAGAAGGCCAGGCGGUCCCAGGAGGAGCAGAAGAGGCGGGAGCAGGUGUCCACCCCCCCUCCGGACAUCCUGCGUCUGCUGGAGCUGGGCUCCCCCCCGCCUCUCAGCCCGGCCCAGGCCUCCACGCCGACCACGCCUGGGUCCCGGGACUCGGCACUCGGGCCGACUUUCCCCCCAGAGCCAGAAGAACCUGAGGUCGACCAGCACCAGCCCUUCCUGUACCGGCACAGCUAUUCUUCUGCCACGUCGGACUGUGAGACAGACGGCUACCUGAGCUCCUCUGGGUUUGUGGACUUGCCUGAUGUGCCCCAGAGUCUCCCCAGCCCAGCAGCUGCCCCUGAGCCCUCCUUCACUUCGAGCAUUGCCGUGAGCCUGCAACCCGUCUCCACCAGCGACUUCUCUUCCCCUCUGGACAGCUACGCAUCAGAUGUGGCAUCUGGCUUGAGUGACGGCUACGAAGGUCUGUCUGCCGGAGAGUGCAGAGUGAAGCCUGCGGUCAAGCGAGGGUCUGGAAGGUUGCUGAGGCGCCGGGCCCGGUCUCGCUUGCGCAUCACGAAUAUCUCAGACCAGAAUGACCGGGUGGUUGAGUGCCAACUGCAAACGUACAAUAACAAGAUGGUCACCUUUAAAUUUGACCUGGAUGGGGACAGUGCAGAGGAGAUUGCAACUGUCAUGGUUGCCAAGGAGUUCAUCCUGAAAUCAGAACAAGAUGGAUUCAUCCGACGAAUCCAUGAUAUAAUUCAACGUGUGGAGACCCUCCUGCGCAAGGAUGGGAAGAGCAAAGACCAGGAGGCUGUGGGCAGCCCAGGGGGGCAGGGUCUCUCCUCUCCCUUCGCUGCUGACGGAUUCUCUGGCCAGCUGCAAGACCUUUCACGCUCCAUCUCCUCGUCCUCAUCUCUGAGCGAUCUGGGCUGCUCCAGCCCUGGCCAGUCCGUCUCAUCCUUUGGCCAAGCAUUGUUGGUGGGGACCCCGACUGAGAACGAACUCUUCAGCCCCUCGGACCUGCCAGCAAGCACCCAAGCCUUUGGGAAUCCUCUGCUUUCAUUGCCACCCGAAGGUGGCCCUGGUAUAUCUGUGCAGCCUUGGCCUUCAUAUCCCAGGGGGGCCACAACUCCUCCCUGCCUGCUCCCCAUGGCCCAGCCGACGCCCCCACCAAGUGCCCUCCUUCCUCCCUUGUCCCUUGCUCCUCCCACGAUCCCAUCUGUUAGCACCGCUGGGCACACACCCCCUCUCCCUCUCUGGACCUCCUCCCCUUCCCCUUCCCCAUCCCUGUUCUCUCUUGCCAAUGUCUUCUCCCUAGCGGUGAUGAGUGUGGCCCAGUCGUUUCUGCCCGCUGUUUCUGGAGUCCCUGCCCAGACAGGCCCUCUCUACACCUCCCCCGUCCCACAGUCGCCAGGGCUCUGCCCACCUAGCCAUACUGCUGCCCAUUUCAUCUACCCGGAGAUGGGACCUCCUGCCAAACCAGUCCAGCUCUUUGGGUCACAGGCAUCUCCAGGGCAUCCGCUGCCCUCCAACACCUCCGCCUCGGGGAGUCCUGACAACAGCCUGGUGUCUACUUCUACCUGUCCGCAUCCUGGGUCACAUUUGCUUGUACUGGAUACUCCUGCCCCUGACUCCCAGUUUGCCCGGCUCUCCCCCAUCAAUGAAGAGCCCAAGCUACAGAUCCUGGGCCGCUUCCACGUGACGCCAACACGGGAUGUGCCCCCCGAGACUCCCCUCAAGAGCAAUGGGCCCAACUCCUCUGGUGCCUCGGAGUCGGACAGUGGCUCUCCAGGUGGGACACCGGUCCAGGAAGCAGAGGAGGGCACCACUCUGGUGGCAGAAGGAGAGGGGGAAGGGGAGGCCCUUCCCACCCUCCAUCUCUGGACGAACUACCUGCAGAGCACCUCCUAUCCAAGCAGCGACGAUACGGACAGUGCCGAAGAUGACGAAGUGUGGGAGGAACUGCAGCUCUUGCGCCAGAAGCACAUGUCUGAAGUACAAACGCUCCAGGCCCGACAGAAGCAGGAGAUCGAGGAGCUCUAUGCCCGCCUGGGCAAGGUGCCACCUGCUGGCAUCGUGUCCCCUGCUGCCAUGCUCUCCCACCGUCAGCGCCGUCUCUCCAAGAGCAGCUUCAGCCCCUUCUCACGGCGCAACAGCCUGCAGCGCCUGGAUGCGGGGCAGCCCCAAGGGAUCAUGAGGAGGAACUCUGUCAGUGGAGGGAGUGCCGUCCUCUCCCAGGAGCAGCGGCAAGGCAAGGCAGUGACCUUUGCCAGCGACGUGGGAUGCAUGUAGCCAUCCUGUCUAUAGACUCUUCUGUGGACUACCUCAGCCUGUUGCCCACCACCCAAAGAUGGGAGCAGA